CGGAGUUUGACACUUCUAGCUUGCUGCUAACCCUUAGCAUGUCUGCGACGGAGCUGGGGAAAAAGUGGGACCGAUGCUUGGCAGACAGCGUCGUUAAGAUCGGCACUGGACUGGGAAUCGGAAUUGUGUUUUCUGUCCUCUUCUUUAAGCGGCGGACGUGGCCGAUCACCCUCGGCUCCGGGGUUGGACUUGGUAUGGCAUAUGCCAACUGUCAGAAUGACUUAAGGUCACAUUAUGUACAACACACAGCUGCAAAGGAGCCGUAACUACAAGUCUUUGUUCUGUUGGUGGAAGAUUGUGUUUGUCUCCUUGUCGAAAAAUCACUUCAGGACAAUUUAUUUAAUAAAAUGAUCGCCACAACAACAAACAAGUCUUGUUCAUUAUUUGCGUGAGAGAGCGGAGAUGGCCACAAACAAUAAACGCUCUUCAGCACAAACACUCCAGGGUUUAAUUGCGGCUCUGGCGUCAGCGAUUGGAGUCAAGUAUUUUUGCCACCAUGAAUUGCUCCAAUUAUCCUGAAACUUGAGUGGGUUUUUCUGAAAGGCGUUCAGAUGGAAGGAGAGGUGGUGACAGGUAAUUGCCGAAGCAUAAGGUGGUGGGUUCAGUGAUGAUGAAAUGGGUCAGAGGGUUGGCAGCAGCCUGGAUGAGGGGUAGUGAUGGUGGGGAUUAUUGCAUUCUGGAUUAAGGUUUUAGAAUAAAUAUGACCCUUUUAUUUGACUUUGACAGAAAACCUGUACCUUAAUCUGGUACUCCUUGUUUGAAGAAAGUUUGGUUUGAAGAGAGCCUGUGUGAAUGAUUCAUUUCUCAUUGGAAAGAUGAUAAAAUGUCGACUGUAGUUAAGAUGGAAGCCGUAGAUAAUUUAGAAACGGUAUGAAGCACGCGACUGGAAUCUUCAUGAUGCUGCUGGCAUCACCUCCAAUUCCUCACAGGGAGCAGUGAAAGUUUCAGCUCGACGUCUAAAUCCACCAUGACCAAACAUAGAAAAUCACCACCCACACGGGCUUCUGUGAUGCGGAGUUGCCAUGUCGUGGAUGUGAUUGAGGACGCUCAUGCAUCGACAGCUCGAUGCUUUGACACGCACGAUCUCGGUUGCUGUGGCUGGAGUGGCCGGCGUGGGGAUUAACCAGGACGAGCGGCAGAACGAGAAGCA